AUUUAGAAUAAAAAUUUCCCCGCGGGUAAUUGCGUGAAGUUUGAUAUAAUUCGAAAUCAAUAGCAAUUACAUUCAAAGUAUUUAUAAUGCAUACGUAUAAUAUUAGAUUCUGACAUGUGUAAUUUGUAAAGGCGAAUAAAGAAAUCAAAAUUCUCACUCACCCGCUUAAAACAAUAUUUCUGCUUUCUACCAGCAUUCUCGUGCAUACUCUAACCUCGAAAAGACUUUUCAAACAUUUGUAAAUACGCCGGCAAGAGAAUUGCUAAAUAAUGUAUUCUGUAUUGGCAAAACGUGAAAAUGCCCACGAAGAUAGUAUUUGGAGUUGUGCUUGGGGGAAAACAACCAAACCAAAGGAAUCUAAAGAAAAAGAAGAUGAUCCAGAGAAUGAAAACUCAAGAAGUUCCAUAACUAAUGAAGCUAAUGGACAAGAUUUCAUCAUCACAGGUGGUCUCGAUGACUUGGUUAAAGUCUGGACUCUAGACAAAGAUGAAAUCAAUCUGCAGCAUAAUCUAGAAGGCCAUUCACUUGGUAUUGUUUCUGUUGCUAUUAGCAAUAAUGGCAAAUUAUGUGCAUCUAGUUCUCUAGAUUCUAGUAUGAGAAUAUGGGACCUGGAUAAAGGAGAAAAAAUCUCCAAUAUUGAGACUGGUCCAAUGGAUUUAUGGACUGUUGCUUUCAGUCCUGAUGAUAAGUUUAUCAUAUCUGGCUCACAAGCGGGAAUAAUUACUCUGUACAAUGUUGAAACUGCAAAAGCUGAACAAACAUAUGACACUAGAGGCAAAUUCUCUUUGAGUAUAGCUUAUAGCCCUGAUGGAAAAUACAUUGCUAGUGGUGCUAUUGAUGGCAUUAUCAAUAUUUUUGAUGUUGAAGCCAAUAAAUUAUGCCACACAUUAGAAGGUCAUGCUAUGCCAAUUCGUUCGUUAAGCUUUUCGCCAGAUUCUAUGUUUUUGCUCACCGCGUCUGAUGAUGGUCAUCUAAAACUCUACGACGUGCAACAAGCAGAUGUAGUGGGAACACUGUCAGGUCAUGCAUCUUGGGUUUUAAGUGCGGCGUUUUCUCCUGAUGGAAAACACUUUGUUUCGGGAAGCUCGGACAAAACAGUUAAAGUUUGGGAAGUUGCCACCAAGAAAUGCAUUCAUACAUUUUCAGAACAUCAGGAUCAGGUGUGGGGCGUGAAAUUCAGUCCGGACAAUACUAAAAUCAUGUCUGUAUCAGAAGAUAAACAUUUAAACGUGUAUUCCUGUCCUGUGUAAACAGAUUUUAAGUACUUUUUAAAUAAUUUAGAAGUAUAAUUAAUUCAAUCAAUAAAUAACUUUAAUUUUUA